CGGUACGUUACUAUACUACGUUUUCAAGAUGUCAGCACCGACCGACGUGACGAAGGCCGUGACAACUAUGACCGAAGGCGUGAAGAAGACCGAGGGGGCCGGGAGCGGACAUUAUGCCAACCCAUGUCCACAUCGAGAUCGUCGUGCCAACCGUUCGUCUACCUCGACUGACUCGAGGCGAUCACGAUCACCAAGGGGGUAUGAACCCAGAAGGCGUUACCCCCCACAGGGGGAAUACGAGCUGCGGGCGAGAGUGGCGGAGCUGUCCAAAGGUGUGGCUUCCAUCAAGGAGCACGUCGAUGAAGAACGUGUGAAGAAGGAAGAGAAGACCCGUAAAAAAUGGGAGAAAGAACUAUUGAAGGAGGAAGCCAGGCGAAGGGAAGAAGAGGAAGAGCGUCAGAAAGCAGAGGAAGCAGCUCGACGUGAAGCGAAGAAACAAAAGAAGGAGGAGAAGGCUAAGCAGGAUACCUUGAUUAGAGCUGAAAUGAAGAAGGAUGUUACACUUCACGCAGCUAUGAUGAUGAGCGAAAUCAAGGACGACUGGCUGCAUCAGUGGAAGACUUCGCUAUUACCGGCGAUUACAUGCGGAGCUAAGGAAGCGAAGGGGGAGAAGAAGGUAGUGUUCGUCUCCGAUGAUGAAGAUGAAUCAGACUACAAUACCGAGGGGAGUGAGACAAGUGUUACGCAAGAAUUGAGUGAGAAGACGGAAAGACUAUGUCUGUCGGAGAAGAGGAAAAGACAGGAGGACGUGAAGAUGGAGGAUAGUCCUCGGAUGGGGCUACCGGCGAAACGAACACCUCACCGACAGGGAGUGAAGCAAGUUGUCCCAAGCACGAGGUCGACUAGAUCAAAGAGUAAGGCGAAGGGCUUACGCACGCAGAUACCAGCGAAGAUACGCACACCAGUGAAGACCCCUUUAUCGAAGUUGAGAAAGUCUAAGAAGACCCCACAAAGUGGUCGUUUGACCCCGGCCAGCAAAGCAUUGGCACGGCUGAAGUACCGAGAUGCCAUCAUCAAGGAGAUCAAAGAUUGCAAUGUGGAGGAGCUGCAGCGUAUGUGUCGGGAGGAGAGUCUGCACUACGAGGGGAAGCUGGAUGCGAUUUUCGACUUGGCCGAACACCGAGCAAAACAGCAUUUCAGACGCGAGGGUGACGCAGAUUUGGAAGUCCUACGUCUGACAGAUUUGGGAGAGGCAGAAGCUGAGGUGUCUGUGGACACUGAGGGGUGAUGUGACAUUGCCCCAACACGUUGGUGGGAAGUAUGUAGAUACAUCACGCACACUCGAUGUUCCCAAGGAUACACGAGCAGUAAAUUGGAGGAUUUGCU